AGUUCAUUGCUUUGGCCGGGACUUUGACUCUAUUCAUCAAUUUGAAGCUUCCAAGUCAUUACUCAGAUUAAAGGCCCUUGGAACCGUACGAGAUCAGUCGCAAAAGGCCCAGUGAUCACCACAUCACAAUCGGAUAGAUAUUGCAUACAAAUAGGCCCCCUAUUAAACUAGCACCUCGAUCAAAAUCAUGAUUGUGCGUUGAUCUACCUGGGAUUGUCAUGCGAACCUGCUAACAUGACGAUAACACAGCGCAAACAAGCUCGACAACGGCGCGACUACCUCUAUAGAAGAGCUCUGCUAUUACGGGAUUCCGAGAUAAGCGAGAAGAGAGCAAAACUCAGAGCAUCCUUGGCCACUGGCAGGCCUCUAGAUCCAUCCAUCGCAAACGACAAGGAACUAAGAAAAGACUACCAAUUUGAUGAAUCUCGACCGGACCGAAGCAAGAAUGAAGAGCUGGAUCUCGAUGAUGAAUAUUCCCAGCUUUCGGGGAUAGUAGAUCCUCGAGUCCUCGUUACCACCUCGAGAGACCCCUCCGCUCGUUUAUCAGCAUUCGCAAAGGAAAUCCGUCUACUACUCCCGACUGCCAUACGGCUGAAUCGCGGCAACUUGAUCCUGCCAGAUCUUGUUCGAUCAGCACAGUCCAGCGGCCUAAGCGAUCUACUCCUUCUCCAUGAACAUCGUGGAGUUCCAACUGCGUUGACAUUGUCCCACUUCCCUCACGGACCAACGAUAUCAUUUUCAUUGCACAAUGUCGUAUUACGCCAUGAUAUCCCCAAUAGUAUUCGAGGAACCGUCAGCGAGUCGUAUCCACAUCUGAUAUUUGAUGGCUUUACUUCUCGCCUUGGUGAAAGGGUUGUCAAAAUCUUGAAGCAUAUCUUUCCCCCGCGGGAACCCCUGACAAGCAAAGCUAAGCUCGGAAGUCGAGUGGUCACGUUUAAAAACAUCGAAGACUCGAUCGAAGUGCGGCAUCACGUUUUCGUCCGAACAGGAUAUGACAGCGUGGAGCUGUCCGAAGUCGGGCCCCGAAUGACCAUGAAGGUAUUUGAGAUCCGCAGUGGUACAUUGGAGAACAAGGAUGGCGAUGUCGAAUGGCACCUAAACCAGUACACGAGAACCAGCCGCAAGAAGGAUUAUCUUUGAGGCUAAUCCUAUCAAAUU